AUGAAGCUCCUGAAACUCCUGUUCGUCUAUGCAUUUCCCUUCAAAAAUAACAUUUUCGUACAAACACCCCACGGUGUAGAAUUCGAAGAAAAUCAGGUAACAACUGGCUCUCUGGAUGUCAUCAAUGGAUUCGAGCGACUUCAAAUCCAGACAUGGGGCCAGAAUGCGAUCCGUGUCAGAUCUUCCGUGUUUCAACAUGCUAUGGGGAACGAGCCUGGAGCCUUGCUGGAUGCACCAGUUGCACAAGACAUCGGAAGGCAUAGCGAAAGCCCGCAGCUGGUAACUUAUUUUGACAAUGCCACUUUGCGGAGUGGGCUUCUGGAAGUUACUGUGUCCAGAAACCGACUCAACUUCUGGCGCAUAACAGACCGCGGUGACGAAAAGCUCUUUGGGGAGUUAUGGCCGCAGCACGGCAGGAUCGCCCGGGACUGGUCCUACGAUCGGGCUGGGGUUUCCUCUCGUCCUUCAGCAACCUUUUCCUUCACUUCAGAUGACGACGAACAAAUUUUUGGUCUGGGGCAACACCAAUACGAUAAUUUGGACAAUAAAGGCCGGCACUACCAGUCAGAAACAACAAUUCCCUCCUAUAUUUCAUCAAAAACAUACGGCUUCUUGUGGAAUGUCCCAAGUAUGGGCCAUGUCAGCAUAGACCGUACGGCGAUUCAAUGGGUUUCUGAAGCUACAACGGUGGUUGAUUAUGUCGUCUCUGUCGCGGAACCUGGAGAUUUUAACGCCUUGAUUCAAACUCAUACGUCUAUCACCGGACGAUCUCCUCGCUUUCCUGCACAUGGUCGUGGAUACAUUCAGUCUAAAGCCCGUUAUGCGAACCAAAGCGAACUGUUACGAGUGGCUCGAGGGUUCAAUGUGCACGAUGUCCCAGUUUCUAUGAUUCAGAUCGAUGCACCGCACUGGACCUCUUUUGGCGACUUCGCGUUCGAUUCGGUCAAGUUUCCCAGCCCUGGCGAAUUAGUGAAGGCUGUUGGUGCUUUGACUAAAGGAGCUCGAAUCAUUGUCAACCUCUGGCCUCUUAUGGAUUCAUCAUCUAGCAAUUGGCUCGAAUACUUUUCCUUGGGUUUUCUUGUCGGGUCUCCACAUGGACUCGGAGUAGUAGAGUAUUUUAACAGCUCAUUUAUGCACCUCAUUGACUAUACUAACCCUCUAGCGCGAUUGUACACCUGGAAGCAGAUCUACGAUAAUUACUACAGCAUUGGAAUCAAAGAUUUUCUUCUGGAUUGCACAGAAGGUGGUGGCGUUGGUGAAGGGUUUUCAUACAAGUCCAGUUCAGUUUAUGCUUUACAAGGCGUCCCGUUUCCUCGCCCAAAUCUCAUUUAUUCCAUUGGCACCCAGGCUGAAACCGGAGCUCUUUAUCCGUUUUAUGCUCAAAAAAUGAUAGCGGAUGGCGUAGCUAGCGUGGAUAAUGAUAAUUCUCCUAGCUUGUCCUUCUCUAGAAGUGCAUGGCUUGGAUCCCAAAGGCUUCCCAGUGUCCUAUGGGGUGGAGACGUCAACGGAAGUUGGGAAGCAUUUCGUUCGACAAUAGUCUCGGGUCUUAAUAUUCAGUUGUCUGGAAUAUCCUGGUGGGCGUCAGAUAUCGGCGGCUACUAUGCCAAUUUAGAAUACCAUGGAAAUAUAUCUGACCCGGCAUAUCGAGAGCUAUAUACCCGCUGGUUUCAGUAUGGCACGUUAAGCCCCGUGAUGCGAGCACACGGCCGUCGCAAAUGUCUCCCAGAGGAUUUGGACGGGUUUGAAUCUUGUCCCAAUGAGCCGUGGGCCUUCGGCAAUACAACAUUCACGUAUCUGAGAAAGUUUAUCCAGCUACGAUACGCUUUGGAUUCUUAUCUCGAAUUUAUAUUCGACACUGCUGCUCAAUAUGGUACUCCACUGCAGCGGCCCCUCUUGGUCGACUUUGGCAAAGUUGAUCCAUACACAAUUCUUCACGCUGAAGAUUUGAAAUAUCAAUUCAUGUUCGGGCCGAACCUACUAGUUGCCCCAGUAGUGAUUCCAGGUACUACUGAGUGGACGGUGUAUCUACCAAGUGAUGAACAAGAAACUGACCCAGCCGGGAGUGUUCUUGACAAUGCCACGGCUUGGAGGGAUUGGUGGACAGACAAGGUUUUUGCUGGGGGAACCCAUGUGGUUGUUGAGGCUUCCCUGGAUAUAAUCCCACUUUUCUACAGAGGAACGAAGGAUGAUAUCCUAAGUGGAAAGAUGACCUAUCGCAAGUAG